AUGUUAAAUGCAAAGGAGCAUGAAGAAUGUCAAAUAGAAGACAGAUCAGAUAAAAUUAAUUCGCCCAAAAUAAACGACGCAUAUUUAUAUGCAUAUAAAAAUAAGAUUGAACUUAAUGAGGUAGUAAAUGAGGAAGUGAGUUACAUGACAAAUGACUCGAUGAUUGGCAUACCAAAUAACUCGAUGAUUGGCGUGCCAAAUGAUGUGCGUUCAGCGCGUAAUGUUGAAGACUGUUCCUCGAUGAGCCCGACAAAGGUAAUGCACACGGACGAGAGGGGGGACUACUUAUCAUUAGAUAGGCAAAAAGAAAAAGUAAUAAAUAGAAGAAAAAGAGGUAAGUAUAAUAAUAACAAGAUUGACGAUAAUAGUUCAAUCGAUAAUAGGAAUAACGUAAGUUAUACUAAAUGUUUUCGAAAUGAUGAUGACACAAAAUUUGUUGACGAUGUUGAUGGACAUGAUGUUAAUUGCAGUAGUGAGAAAAAAAAAAAAAAAAAUGAAAGUAAAAACGAAAAUGAAAAUAAAAUCAACACAGACGAAAAUGAAAAUAAAAUCAACACAGACGAAAACGAAAAUAAAAUCAACACAGACGAAAACGAAAAUAAAAUCAACACAGACGAAAACGAAAACGAGUUAAAACAGUUUUACCAGCUGGAUGAAGAAAGUGAAGCCAAGAAGAUUAUUAUGAUAGGAGAUGAAAAUAAAAGGCGUCCAAACAAUGGCGAAACACGUGAAAAUUUAUCCGAUGAUUCUUGCUCCUUAUAUGAAAGUGAAAAUGAAGAGACAGAUUUAUGUAAUAAUGGACGAAUGAGCAAUAUUAAUAUUGUAAGUGACGAUGAUGCAUCAGAUGGGUCAGAUGUAUCAACCGAUUCAGCCGAAUCGUCGACAUCAAAUAAUUAUGGAAAGUAUAAGGAUAUGCACCCAGAUGACUUAAUCCCAUUAUAUGAAAAUGAAAACACAACUGAUAUGGGGAAAUUAGAACAAGUGGGGGAUGACAGUACAGUUGAUAAGUAUUUAGACAAAAAUUAUAAAGGGCAAAUAAUUAUUGAUGGUAAAAAUACAGUGGAUGAAUAUUUACUUGUUUCAAGAAUAGCUUACUGUGAGUUAGCUAACCAAAAUGAAAUCGAUUCUCUCGAAAUAAAAACAAAAAAAAAAAAAAAAAAAAAUGCAGUCCAUUUUUUAAAAGAGCAAAAAUAUCAAGAAAAUGAAACGACAAACGAUAUUUCUAGCUAUGAUGAUUCAGGUGAGGAAAAGGGGGAUGCCUCUUCACCAAAUGAAACAAUAAGUAGUAGUAUACACAGUAAAGAAAACAACAUGAACUUUGCUAUGUACUUUUGUGAUGAUGAAAAGGAACGGGAUGAGCAUAAUGAAAAUGACAAACACAGUCAUAGCGAAGAAAGGAAGCGGCUCGGAAAAAAAGAUCAUUUGGAUAAAGAAAAUCGAUGUGAUAAAGAAAAUCAUCCCGAUAUAAAAAACGACCUUGGUUUAAAAAACAAAGCUGAAGAACAGCGCGAAGGUGAAAUCGAAGUAGAUGAAACUCCUAAGGGCCCUAUAGAAGAGGUGAUACCCGAUGUAAUAAUUUUAGAUGCAAAUGAUAAACUAAAAGGAGAAAUGGAAGACAAAGAAGUAAACAAAACAAAUGCAGAAACGAUAAAGGUCAAUACGGAUAUCUCAAAAAAUGGCGUACAUUUACAUUAUUUAAAAAAUUCAAAGAUGAUAGAACAAUCAUGUGAAGAAACCAAAGGGUUGAAAGGAUCUGAUAAGGAUAUGUUUGAAGGUAAAGAUAGUCUCAAAGAACAUAAUAGAAUAAGAUUAAUAGGGGCACCAGAAAAAGUAAAAGAAGAUGGGAAAAUAGAAAAGAUAGGAAAAUUGGUUAAUUUAGAAAAUGAUAUAUUAACAAUUCAUGCAUUUAAUUCUAAUUAUUAUUUAAGUGUCGCAUCUGUUUUAUGCUUACAAAAUAGGAAAGUAAUUGGUUGUAUUAUUAAUGUAAACUCAAAUGAAACUGAGGUAUUCUAUUAUGCAAAAUUAAUCUUUUCAAAUAUUAAAGAUCAAUUAAAAAAAAAUAUAGAUAUAUAUGUUGAUAUGAAACAUGCAUUAUUUAUGAAUGUAGGAACGUCCAUAUGCUCAGAAUUCUUUACUGUUUUAAAGAAUCAAAAAAUACCAUACGUUUUUAUCAAUUACAAUGAUUUGUAUAACAUUGCGGAUAUGCAAUUACUGCAAGGUGAGGAUCAUAACAACAGAGGGAAUAGUAAUGUAAGUACCAAUCGUAAGUGUAAUUCUACUUGCCUUAACAAAUAUGAUAAGCAUACUGACAGUGCAGAGACGUGUACAUCAUUCAGUAAUACAAUGCAUUGUAAUGACAAACUAUCAUGCAAUGAUACACUGUCUCAUAACGGAUCAAAUAAAAAUGAUAAAAAGAUUAACAUAGAUAAUAAACAUUCUAAAAAGGGUACGAAGAAUAAAAUUUUAUGUAAAAGUUAUUAUAAAACAUCCUUAAAAAGAUAUAUUCAUCCAAAACAUAAUAAGCUGCUGAAACAGUAUAACAAUAUCACUUCAAAUAAUAGAAAUAUGAAUUGUAAAUAUAAAAACUUAUCCUUUGUAAAUGUAGGGAAUGCGCAUGCAAAUAGUAUGACAGUGCAUGAUCGUGCUCCUACUCUUUUUCAUAAUUACAUGAUAAGAUGUAAUGAUGCAUACAACAAUACAACAACCAACAUGACUGUAGCAAGUAGUGAAAGCGGCAAUGCGCUAUCCAACAGUUCAAAUGGGAUUAAUUCUGCAAACGGGGUUAUGUCUGCAAAUAGGGUUAAUGCUGCAAAGUGGGUUAAUGCUGCAAAGUGGGUUAAUGCUGCAAAUGGGGUUAAUGCUGCAAAUGGGGUUAAUUCUGCAAAUGGAGUUAAUAGUACAAAUUUUACGAAUAAUUACCUGUCCACUAUCAGCAGUAGUAGUGGAAUUGGCUCAAUUAAUAACAUGACAAAUUUGGUUAGUCCAUAUCUUAAUAACAAUACAUGUUUUAUGCGUAAAUCUACUUUUCUUUAUAAUUACAUUCAAUCAUUUGUAAACGAAAGAAUUAAUAGAAAGUUCUUGACUAAAAAUUAUUUUAAUGUGUAUAAUCAGAGAAAUGAUGGGAAUGAUUGUCCACCACAACAUAUGACAAAUACUUUACACAGUGGGCAUGUUUAUAACUUGAACAAGUUCAGGUUAAACAAUAAUUUGCCAAAUGGGAUAAACAAGUGUAAUAUAAAUAACAAAAUGAAAACGCAUGCUUACAUUAAUUUUAUGGCAUUUAACCGAAAGUUGCAUGCCAGGGGGGAAACAACCGGAGGUAAUAAUACUAACAAUAGUAAUAAUACUAGCAAUAGUAAUAAUACUAACAAUAGUAAUGAUACCAACAACAGUAAUGGUACCAACAGUGGUAGUAACAAUGGUAUCAAGGGUAGUAAUGGUACCGACAGUGGUAGUAACAAUGGUAAUGCUAACUGA